GCACGGCACCUAGUCAGCCAAUAUCCAACUACUGGAACAAGAUCACCAGGAAAAACAAGACUUUAAAAGACCUUUUGUUCCCACUGUGUUUGUUGAAGACCAGACAGAGGUACAGGUACAACAUAUGAGUUUAGGAAGGGGUUCGCCUUGGGGACUGUAGAAGAGCUAAGAUAGAGCAGUGUGCGUGCGCACCCUUUUAGAAGUAGGAAGCAAGAACAGUUGAGAUCCUCCCCCAAAGCAAUUCCGAAAGCCUUCCUUCUUCCCUGAAAGAGAAAAUAAGGCCGUAGCUACACAGCCAUGUCUUUUCUCAAGAUCUGUCUGUCCACAGGUUCUAGGGGCCUGUCUUGUCACCAAUCAUGAAGGCGUCCUCAAAGGGUCUUCUCACCCAGAUUUCCCAGUUCUGGAACAUGCUCGAUGAUUUGGCCGAGAAUGAUCCUGCGCGUUACAGAAACUUCAUUGAGCAGGAACUGAAAGAUGGAAAGGAGUUCUAUGUUGACCCAGAACCAUGGCUCUGUCUACAGACCAAGAUCCUAAAACCAAAAGAAAAAAUACUUUUUAUCAACCUAUGUCAAUGGAAAAGGAUCCCCGCUCCUCAAUCAGCCACUCACCCUGUACCUAUAAGUGUUGGAAGACCAGAAGAUUUUUCUGAGGCAUCAGGUGCCUACACUGUCAUUGAUGUUGCCUACAAUCCUGGUGUUUUGCAAGCAGCAGAAAAAGACCAAGAGGUCAAAGGUCAGUUAAUAAAGAUGGCCAUACAUUGCAUUGAGGAGCGGCUCCAGUUCACGCUUGCACAUUCAUACCAUGUUACUAGUUUUGGAAUAAAAGGAAGCAUUCAGAGAACGAAAGCAAACCUGAUGGGCACUAAAACUGACUUUACAGACUUCAAAGAAAUAUUGAGAACAGAAAAUACUCUUGAAAGGAUCAAAAGCAGUACCAUGAGUGAGCCAAGCCACCUUCCUCAGGUGCUGUUGACAAAAGACCAGGCGCUGGCCAAAGGACGGUGUCUCAUAGAAGAGAUUUCCAGCUCAGAAGUCCAGGUGGAGGCUGAGAAACCAGCCUACGAAUUAAAGGUGGCAAAGGACCAGAAGGAGAAACCUCUGAAAAUUGAGCUGAAAAUCGAGUUGCCUGGGAUUACCUCAGUCUCUCUCUGUGAUCUUAGUGUUUCUGAGGUUGAUUUAUUGGUUGAGGUUCCCGAGAAGUACCGAUUAUAUCUGAAUCUUCCAGAAUUGGUUAAUACAGAAAUGACUACAGCAAAAUUUGUCAAAAAUAAAUCUGUAUUAAUCAUUACAAUGCCACUGGCAUAAAAACAGCACAUUUGGUGUUUUCAUUGUUCCAGCUCUUUUGAGUUACAGGACCUGCAUUACGGGCAGGUGUAGUGCUUUUUUUCUUUGGCUGGUUGGUUUUGCUGUUUGUGACAGGGUCUCACCGUGUAGCCCUAGCUAGCUUGAAACUUGCUAUGUAGAUCAAGGUAGCCUCAAAAAUAUAGAUCUGCAUGCCUCUGCUCCUGGA